UCCAUGGUAACUCUGCGGAGCUCCUAAAACAAAUGAAACAAAAUGACUGUGGGGACUUCAGAGAAAAUGAGGAAUUUCUCUUUGGACAGAGACUCUGAGCACAUGAAAGAAGACACAACGACCAUGUUCGAUGUGUUCCACUGUCACAUGAGAGAGAGGAUCGUGCUACAGCGGCUGAUAGUGAUUGCUCGGCUCCCCCACGACCUCACUGACAGGACAGAACUUGGAGCUCAUUACGAGAGACUCAACUUUCAGCUCAGCAAACGGUACUCAUUGGAUCUGAUGACGGGCCGGCUGUACAUGUACCCAUCCUGUCUGCUGCAUGUCAUCGAAUCAUCCAGGGAGGUGCUGCUUUCUGUUCUGAAAGACCUUAAAGACAUGCAACAGACAGACGGUACCUUGCUGGAAGCUCCCAGGGUUGUGUUCAUGGCACAUAAUCCUCAAAGCAGGCUGUUCCAACAGUGGAGCUACAAGGUGCUCGAUGCAGACCAGGUGGCAGGAGACCCUGGAGCUAAGGAUCUUGAGGAUGAGGAGGAGACCACAGAGACUUUAGUUUGCACGGUUCUGUCAGGGCUGCAGAAACUGGAGAAAUCUAAAAAGGCUUAUCCCUGGUCAGUACCGGAUGAGACCCCGGAGCUGAUCGUGUCUCAGAGGGUUCUCUACAAGCUUUUGGCUCGAGAUGAGCUCCUGACGCCACAGCAACACCUCCAGAUGUACAACUCACCGCUAAACAUCCGCAUGGACUUUGGACAAGUAAUCCGCAGCAGCUGCAUCACUAAAGUUUAAUGUUUUGGACAAAAGCUCAAAGAAUGUUAGGCCUACACUAAACUGCCUUGGAUGUGACUGAAGUCUUCCUAGAGGAGAGAAAUCACCAUGACAGUUUAAUACCAACAUUUAAUAUACUGCAGCUUUUUGUUUUGUUCUUCAAUAUGCUUCUUUCUCUUCCAAAUGCUGGUACAUAAAACAUCUGUUUAUGUGGAAUAACAUUGACAUCACAUUUGCAACAAAGGCACAGAAAACUCCAGGUAAUAUAAAAACAUUUUUUAAUAGUUUCAACAUUCGGAUGAGGUUAAUUUUUAUCUAUCUUACUUUACACUCCACUUGGUGACCGGGAGAUAGCAUGACCAAGAAAAAAGGCAUUUCCUCUUUAAUCCAAAAACUUGAAAGAGUCCACAGCGUCACUACAGUUUCACACAAAGAUUUUUUAAGUCUCAAAAGAUUCCUUGAUCACUCAUGUGUUCCCUUUUUAUUUUGGCCCCCAUUAGUUGGAACAUAAAGCAAAAACAAGGGAAGAAAAGAAGACUUCGAGAUGAAUUUUUGCAAUGGCUGCAUGCACCACAGUGUAAUCUACAAAUACUUUGAGUUAAAACAAAUGCAGCAUGUUUUCAUCUUGCUCGCUAUAUGAUUUCUGGAGCUUUUCUAAAGAUUGUAUUCCUUUGAGAGCGCAGUAAUCUGGGCACAAACAUAACGACAGAUUGAUUUCCUGACAGUGAUCUCUGUUCUGAGCCAGAUGUGCUUUUCUUAUUUGCUAUAGACAAAAAUGGGGGAAACAGUAAAUCAUGAUUGUUUCGGAACAAAAGGGUGGAAAGUUUGACUAAAAAAGGUCAAAGGGCAGCACUAAAUUCAUCUUCUUCUUUUAUAAAGGUUGAUCUAUUCACUUAUAAAAAAUAAAUACAAGCACAUUUAUAUAGGACCAAAGAUGAGACACAUUUCGUAGGCAUGGUUUAAAAAAGCAUGCUGCCGAGUUUCACACAGGACGAUGUCGAAUCAAACGCCCACCCACACCUCCCGACCCAAAACUGACACUUUUUAUCAAAUACCCCACCACCCUCUUUUACUUGAAAAUAUGUCCACAACACAAACAGUCCGCCUUUAUCACAAACUAUGAGGUGAACAUCGUCUAUCACCAAUACAUUCCACCUAUUCAUGUAAAAAAAGGCCUUUCGUAUUUGUAGUGCUCAAAGGGCAUGCUUGCAAAAGCUGUAAUACUGGAAACUGUUUCCCGGCUGUCUCUUGCUCGACAGGGUUAUUGUUAAUAAAGUUGUGUUUGAUGAAUACUGUAUGUACAAGCCUUAAUCUGAAACCCUUUAGUACAAAACGAAGAGCAGCACAUUGUAACACAGAACUCCAGACAAAGACAGGACAGACCAUUCACUUCAGCACAGCCAAAUUGCAACACUACUUCAUAAAUAAGAUGUUUUUUAAAUCCUUUAUGUUCAGCAUAUAAAUACUGGUGAUAGAAUUUCAUGCUGUUUUGAUUUAAACUCAGCUGGAGGGUCGGAUUGAAUCAUUGGUGUGAAUUGUAGCACAGCUAAAACUUUAGGUAGAGUUUUUGAUUGACAGAUUAUUCCUAAGAAACCUUUUUGUUAACUGGUUAGAGCUGAAGUGCCAGACAUUUUUUCAUAAAUAAAUAUGUGUUAUUCAAAGCC